AUGGAGUUUGUGUCUGGAUACCGGGAUGAGUUCCUUGAUUUCGCUGCUCUUCUCUUUGGCUGGUUCCGCAAGUUCGUGGCAGAGAAAGGGACCAUGGGGACCAGCCUUGAGGGCCGAUGGCGUCAACUGGAGGCUCAGAUAAGGAGGCUGCCCCAGGACCCUGCCCUCUGGGUGCUCCACGUCUUACCAAACCGUAGUGUGGGCAUCAGCCUGGGGCAAGGUGCAGAGCCAGGUCCCGGGCCGGGCCUGGGGGCUUCCCGGCUCCUGGGAGAUGAGCCUCCGCUCCGCUUGAGAGACCUGAGUCCUUAUGUUAGUUUUGUCAGCCUGGAGGAUGGGGAAGAAGGGGAGGAGGAAGAAGAUGAAGAAGAGGAUGGAAAAGGGAGCUCAGGCACAGAGAAGGCGGAACCACAGGAGGGUGGGGAGCCAGCCCCUUCCAGCAGGGAAUCCCCCCAAGAAGCAAAGCCACCAGCUGAGUCAGAGGUGACCCAGCAAGAGGCAAGCUGUGAUGAUGGCUGCCGGGAAGACAGAGGAGAGGAUGAGAGGGCUCCUGAAAAGAGGAAAGGACGGAGGAGUGAGACUGCACCCCUGCACCUUUCUUGUCUUUUGCUGGUGACCGAUGAGCAUGGCACCAUCUUGGGCAUUGAUCUGCUAAUGGAUGGAACUCACGGGCGUGUGGGCCAGAGCCCAGGGGCUGAGAAUCUGGCUCCUCGGGCCUAUGCUCUCCUUUGCCACAGCAUGGCCUGCCCUAUGGGCUCUGGGGACCCCCGAAAACCCCGACAGCUUACUGUGGGAGAUGCCCACCUGCAUCGAGACCUGGAGAUCCUUGUUCCGAGGCUCGGCGUGAAGUUAGCAAAGACCCCAAUGAGGACAUGGGGUCCUCGGCCAGGCUUUACUUUUGCCUCCCUUCGGGCUCGAACUUGUCAUGUUUGUCACAAGCACAGCUUCGAAGUGAAAUUGACACCCUGCCCCCAGUGCAAUGCUGUCCUAUACUGUGGAGAGGCUUGUCUCCAGGCUGACUGGCGCCGAUGCCCAGAUGAUGUGAGCCACAGAUUCUGGUGCCCGAGACUUGCCGGUUUUAUGGAGCGAACAGGGGAACUGGCAAGUCUGCCUUUCACCUAUACUGCAGAGGUGACCAGUGAGACCUUUAACAAGGAGGCUUUCCUGGCCUCUCGAGGCCUCACUCGUGGCUAUUGGACCCAGCUCAGCAUGCUGAUUCCAGGGCCUGGCACCCCCAGUAGCCCUUGGGGCAGCACAUCAUCCCUCAGCCACCUUCUCAAUGGUGAUCCUUACCAGCUCCUGCAGGGAGAUGGACCUGCCCUGAUGCCUCCAGUGCCUCUAGACCCACCCAAGAGCCUCUUCGGUUCAUGGCAGGAUUACUACACGUGGCGGGGCCUUAGCCUGGACUCCCCCAUGGCUGUGCUUCUCACCUACCCGCUGACCGUGUACUACGUCAUCACCCACCUGGUACCCCAGUCCUUUCCUGAGCUCAACAUUCAAAACAAGCAGUCGCUGAAGAUCCACGUGGUAGAGGCCGGGAAGGAAUUUGAUCUUGUCAUGGUGUUUUGGGAGCUCUUGGUGCUUCUCCCUCACGUGGCCCUGGAGCUACAGUUUGUGGGUGACAGCCUACCACCUGAGAGUGACCAGCAGCAUUUUACUAUGCAAAGGGAUGGCGCUGAGGUGUCUGUGCGUCCUAAUUCUGGGGCAACGGCCCGGCUCAGCUCUGGGACUAAGGAGAAGGGAGGGCGAAGGGACCUGCAAAUCAGGGUGUCCACGCGGCCCUAUCACCUGCUCCAGGGACCCAAGCCUGACCUGGUUAUUGGUAAGAGCCUGGGGCUCGAGGGCAGGGAUUUGGGGAAAGUAAAAGGACACUGUGGACACCAGUGUCAUCCUCUCUCGUUAGGAUUUAACUCUGGCUUUGGUCUCAAGGACACAUGGCUGAGCUCUCUGCCUCGACUACAGUCUCUCCGAGUGCCAGCUUUCUUCACGGAGAGCAGUGAAUACGGCUGUGUGAUGGACGAUCAGACCAUGGCGGUGGCCACCGGAGGGGGCACCAGCUCCCCACAGCCCAACCCCUUCCGCUCCCCAUUCCGCCUCAGAGCUGCUGACAACUGCAUGCCCUGGUACUGCAAUGCCUUCAUCUUCCAUUUGAUCUACAAGCCUGCCCAAGGUGGCGCAGUCCGCUCGGCACCCGGCCCUGUCCCUAGACCCCCAACUCCGGCUGCUCCUCCUGUCCCCACUCGAAGGCGCCGGGGAGAAAAGAAAGCUGCUCGUGGGCCCCGCAGGCGCAGAUGA